CAGGGGGCGGGGGCGGCGCGGCUGCGCUGCGGGGAGGGCGAGCUGAGGGGCCACAAGGAGCCGGAGAGCCGAGCCCGCGGGCAGGAUUCAAGGUCCCCGUCCGCGGCUCCGCCUGGCUGAGCCAAAGCUCUUCGCCACUGCACUUUACAGCCUGGCACCUUGAUGGAAACAGAAGUUGAUGGUGGCCCGAGAWUUUUGUGGGGGUUGAAAGAUUUGAACUCCAGUUGAAUAAAACAAGGGCUGAUAAUUGAAGAAUGGCAGCAAAUCCUUCAGGACAAGGUUUCCAGAAUAAAAAUAGGGUUGCAAUCCUGGCAGAACUAGACAAGGAGAAGAGAAAGUUACUUAUGCAAAACCAGUCUUCCACAAAUCACCCUGGAGCCAGCAUUGCACUUGCAAGAUCACCUCUGAAUAAGGAUUUCCGUGAUCAUGCUGAGCAACAGCACAUUGCAGCACAGCAGAAGGCUGCACUGCAGCACGCACAUGCACAUUCCUCAGGAUACUUCAUAACUCAAGACUCUGCAUUUGGAAAUCUUAUUCUUCCUGUCUUACCUCGACUUGAAGCAGAAUAAGKAGUGUUGCUUGUCUCAGAACUUCAAGACCUGAUUUCUGUCCAUAGCAGGAGCUGYCUGACCUUUUAAUUUCUUUAUGUAUCUUAAAACCUUACUUUUUUCUGGGUUUUUCUGGUUGCCAUUCAGGAGUGUGAGCUCUCGUGACAGGGAAGUUGUGUUGUUGAAAAUUUUUUAUCCUGUAUUUCUGUUCCUCUGUCAGGUCAAAGUCAAAUGCAAGACUUUUCUUGGAGUUUGAAGUGCACAGGGUUUGCUCUUCCCUGUUUCAGUGCUUCCUUUAAAUAAAUGUCCAAACCAGAGUUACCAAGAAAUGCACAAUCUGUCAGCAUUUGUGUUUUCUUUUUAUUAUGUACAGGUAGGAUUUUUGUAAUGAGUAAUAAAAAUUACUUGUGCCCAUCAAAACAGACACAAAUUUAUCAAAUGCAUCAGCCAGUCUUCCUCCCCCACUGCCUCCUAUGCAGGAGCAUUUCUAGUGUACUGUUUGCCAUUGUAGUAUCAUGUGGUCUCAAGUCCUUAGUUAGAGUGUGCCUGCCUCCUACUUUGUUUUGUGAAAUACGAAAAUGAAUUAAAGUGGAAAAAAAGCAAAGGCUUCCAACAGUUUUUUUAACAGACAAAAUAAAAAGUCAUAAGCUCUCUGGACAUUUCAGAKGGAAAGUGUUGUCUGCAAAGACAAUUCCAUAUAAAAGGUCAAAUUUUUGUAGUCGUCCCUUUUUCAGUACUUUUUCAAUGUUUUUUAUAUUUAUUCACUUUUUCCAUUGUGUUUUUAUAUGUGGUAAACAAUUGCAGCUUCCUGCUGAAAGAAAAUCUGUUGAUCUUAAGGUAAAUUAUUUUGUAAUUGUGGUUAUGCUACCAGGAUAAAGUAAUUUAGAGUGAAAUAAAGUCUUUACAUAGACAUACCUCCACAGCUUUGCAUGUACAGUUAUGCUACUGCAUUGAUCGCUUUGCCUAUGGAGGCAAGUUUUAGAACACAAAAAAGAACAAAAAAAACUUACGCGAGAACCAUAGAUGGAAAAGCGUCUGUUAAAACUGGUGCCCAUUUGAAGCAGCUCUAUGCUUUGCCUGAACUUAGCUAUCCCAUGAAUUUUCCAUGGUUGUAGUUGACUUUUCCUUAGGGACAUCUAGGGUAUCCUGUUUCCUUGUGCAGGGGAUUGCUUGAACCCAGUAAGCAUUACUGAACUAUCUGUUCAUAUUUCACUGUUAAUUUGCAUUAACCAUGAAUACAGAACAAGUACCAAGAGGAAAAUACCGCUGUAUUCCUAUAUCUCAGCUGAUUGUAAGGCUUUGCAAAAACUGGAGUGUACUGAGACAUUUUCAAGAAAGAGAAUCUUCUGGAGCCAGCCUGAUAGAGCUUAAAGAUGUGUAAUUUUAACAAGGACUGUUUAAGCCAUAUACUCUUUUUUGGGCAUUCUGAUACGAUGAGUCAUGGGAAUGACGAUGGUUUUUGUGGGCAGUGGAGAAAGAAGUCAC